AUGAGAUACAACACUGAUCAGGGUGACAAACCAACAGUGAUUGUCCCAAGACUAGCUGCCAAGGAAAAUACCACAUAUCCAAACAAAGCGGAUGGAACAAAUGUCUCUCUUGACACUUCCCUAAUACUGCAAGGGGAUGACAGCGAAAACAACGUACUACCAACAAAGGAUACAAAUUUACCUACUUGUCUGCUCUGUGUAUGUUUAAGCGGAUCAGUGUACUGUGAGGAAAUAGACAUCGAAGCUGUACCCCCCCUGCCAAAGGAAACAGCCUAUCUUUAUGCACGAUUUAACAAAAUAAAAAGGAUAGCGGUCUCGGAUUUUGCUGACAUUACUACCUUGAGAAGAAUUGAUUUUAGUGGAAACAGAAUAGAAGAAAUAGAAGAUGGAGCCUUUUCAAAGCUUCUGUUAUUGGAAGAACUUUCUCUUGCUGAAAAUCGACUUCUAAAACUUCCUGUUCUACCUCCCAAACUAACAACAUUUAAUGCAAACCAAAAUAGAAUCAAGAGCAGAGGAAUCAAAGCAAAUGCCUUCAAGAGGCUGACAAAUUUGGCCUACCUCUACUUAGGCCACAAUGCACUGGAAUCUGUUCCCCUUAACUUACCAGAAAGUCUGCGUAUUCUUCACCUCCAGUACAACAAUAUUACCACAAUCACCGAUGACACUUUCUGCAAAUCUAAUAACACCCGUUACAUCCGCACGCGUAUGGAUGAGAUAAGGAUGGAAGGCAACCCAAUCCUCUUGGCAAAGCACGUUAAUGCUUUUUCCUGCUUGAGAACACUGCCUGUAGGAACAUACUACUAG